GGAUGCAAGCUUCUAUUUAAGUUCAAUAAACCUGCAAGAAAAAGAAUUCACAUCACAACAAUGGCUUUAACAUCAAAGUUAUUCUUUAUCUUCCUCUUCUCCAUUUUUAUUUCUUCAGUCUCAAGCUUCAAAACUCAGCACCCACUCGACCCACUGAGUCCAUACGAACUCAUGCAAAUCCAAUCAAUAGUGAAGAAUUCACUCUCUUCCUCAAAAACCAGCUUAAUCACCUUUCAUUACGUAGGGUUAGAUGAACCAGACAAACCACUGGUUCGUUCUUGGCUAUCAAAACCCAAAAGUAAACCGCCACCUCGACGAGCCCUAGCCAUAACUCGGUUCAAUAAACAAACCCAUGAGUUUAUAAUAAACCUAUCAUCAAAACCAUUUUCAAUAAUCUCUACUAAAGUCUAUAAAGAUUACGGGUACCCUACGCUCGGUGGUGAUGAACAAACAUCAGCAAUUUUACUGCCGUUAAAAUACGGCCCUUUCAUUGACUCCGUUAAAUCAAGAGGACUUAAUUUAUCUGCUGUUGUUUGUUCUUCAUUUACUGUGGGUUGGUUUGGAGAAGAGAGCAAUAAAAGAGUGAUAAAAUUACAGUGUUACCAUAUGAAUGACACGGUAAAUCUUUAUUUACUUCCGAUAGAGGGGAUAAAAAUAGUGGUUGAUCUUGAUGAAAUGAAAAUUGUUGAAUAUGUUGAUAGUGAAAGGGUUCCGGUUCCGAAAUCUGAAGGGACUGACUACCGAUUAUCGGAGCAGAAGCCGCCGUUUGGUCCACGUAUCAAUGGUGCAGCUAUUUUGCAACCUAAUGGUCCAGGGUUCACCAUUGAUGGCCAUACUAUCAAGUGGGUAAAUUGGGUUUUUCAUCUGGCAUUUGAUGCAAGAGUUGGUCCAGUGAUAUCUUUAGCGACCAUUUACGACCAAGAAAAGCACAAACAUCGCAGUGUAAUGUACAGAGGACAUGUAUCUGAGCUGUUUGUGCCGUACCAAGAUCCGACAGAAGACUAUUACUACAAAACAUUUUUUGACUGUGGAGAAUUUGGGUUCGGUCUAUUGGCAGUCUCAUUAGUUCCAGAAGCUGAUUGCCCCAAUAAUGCAGUAUUCAUGGAUGGGUACCUUGCGGGUCAAGAUGGGUCACCCGUUAAAAUACCGAAUGUGUUUUGCAUAUUUGAAAGGCAUUCAGGUGAUGUUAUGUGGAGGCACACUGAGUUCGGCAUUCCGAAUAUAACGAUAACUGAAUCAAGACCAGAAGUGAGUCUAGUGGUUCGGAUGGUUGCGACAAUCGGGAACUAUGAUCAUAUUUUAGACUGGGAAUUCAAGCCAAGUGGCUCCAUCAAAGUCCAAGUUGGUCUGAGUGGAAUUCUCGAGGUGAAGGCAACAGAAUACACUCACUCCGAAGAAAUACACGAAGAAGUCCCCGGAACAUUGUUAGCAGAUAAUACAAUAGGAUUAAACCACGACCAUUUUUUAACCUACCGACUCGAUCUCGACAUUGACGGCGUUGAAAAUUCACUGGUUAAGCAAAAUAUGGUAACUAAAAGGGUGGUAAAUGGUAAAACACCUAGGAAAAGUUACUGGACAGUAGAAAGUGAAACAGCCAAGACAGAAUCUGAGGGUAAAAUCAAAUUAGGGCAAAAACCUGCUGCAUUGGUAUUUGUAAAUCCAAAUAAGAAAACUAAAUAUGGAAACAGUCAUGGCUAUCGUUUAAUUCCGGGGCCGUUGGCGCAUCCGCUUCUAGUAGAGGAUGAUUACCCGCAAAUUCGAGGGGCGUUCACUAAUUAUAAUGUGUGGAUUACACCAUAUAACAAGUCGGAAAUAUGGGCAGGUGGGCGUUAUGUUGAUCAAAGUCGUGGUCAAGAUACAUUAGCCGUUUGGAGCCUCAGGAAUAGAGAAAUUGAUAACAAGGACAUAGUGCUAUGGUAUGUGAUAGGGAUUCAUCAUAUCCCUUGUCAAGAAGAUUUCCCAUUGAUGCCAACAUUGAGUGCUGGAUUUGAGAUUAGACCAACUAAUUUCUUCGAGUUCAAUCCUGUCUUGAAGGUGAUACCUCCUAAGCUUGUAAACAUCCACAAUUCCAAUCCCUAGUUUAAGGUUAAAAAAAAAUUACGGUCACUAAACUGUAGUAUAUUUUAUAAACCGGUUACCAAAUUUUAAAUUCUUACAUAUAGAUUAUUAAAUUUUAAAUUUUUAAAUAAUGAUGUGCCACUAUAUGAAUUUCAAUGAUAAAUGUUCAUGUGGACACCAAAAAAAUAUGUGGCUACUCAACUGAAUCGAUGUUAGAUUAUUAUGUACGUGGCUACACAUUUUUAGGUCGUUCACAUAAGCAAUUUAUCACCGGAAUUAAUUGUGUCAUUCUAUUGUUGGAAAACCUAUGUUUAGUUAUCUAAAUGUAAGAAUUUAAAAUUGGAGAACCGUUCUAUAAAAUUACAUAUAGUUUUGGGAUUGUAAGAAAAUUUAACCUUCCUAUUCUACAUGGAUAUUUGGACUUUAUUUGAGAAUAAUCUCAUGAAGAAUCAAAUAAAUUGUAAUACUAAUAUCACUUGCGCUAUCAUAAAUAAACUUGGGUGAGAUAAUAAUAAAUAUUUAAUUCUCUA